UUACAUAAGGCCUUAGCGACUGGUGUUUAAAAAGUUUUUAUAUUUUGAAAUUAAUUUAUAGAUUAGAUAUACAUUACAGAAAACAUUAUAAGAAGCGGUGUUUUGUGUAUAAAUAGGGAUUAUUGUCGGAUAGGCUCUAAUCGGCAAAGAAAUGUUUUGCCGUCCUUUUCAUCUAAUAUUGCUUUCAUUAGCAAUAAGUUUCCUAAACUGCGAGAAUGAGGACUGUUUUAGAGCCGCAGUCUUCCAACACUUACCACUCGGUAAUCUGACAUCAGAGGAGAUUCCGGUUAUAGUUAAGCGAAAUCUCGAUGUUUUCGAAAGGAUCGCAUCCAUCGCUGCCAAAGAGGGCGUCCAAAUGUUGGUAUACCCGGAGGACGCCAUUAUCAACACCCGAUACCCGCGCUCUGUAAUGGCCACAAUCGCUGAACGCAUACCAGACCCGCUCACAGGCACUCAUAAUCCGUGCGACAAUCCGUUGGAAUAUGAGGACAGAGUGAAGACAUACCGAUUGAGUUGUUUUGCCAAACAUAACAACUUGUAUAUUGUCGGCCAUUACGGCGAUCGCGUCGAUUGCCACCGAAGCACUGAUGUUAACUGUCCGGCCGAUGGAUACAAUCUGUACAAUACGGAUGUAGCGUUUGGUCCGGACGGCCAGGUGUUGGCCAAGUAUCACAAAAUGCAAUUAUUCCAUGAAUACCAUUAUAAUGUUCCGAAAGACGAGUUCAUUUACUUUGACACACCCUUCGGAAGAAUGGGUUUAUUUGUAUGUUUCGAUAUUCUGUUCCGAAACCCGGGCACAGAUCUGGUCAACAAAUACGGCGUCCAAACAAUGAUCUACCCGUUGUGGUGGUUCGAACUCGAGGCGCCUCCACAGCCACCAGAUCUCGCGCCAGAGGUCGAGCGCGAGGUCGCGGACGCGCCACUGCUGUCAAACGGGAACCGGCGUCACAGCAUCGGGCGUCCACUCAGAGCACUCUGGAUUUUCUUAAACUGCGAAAAUGAGGACUGCUUUAGAGCCGCAGUCUUCCAACACUUACCACUCGGUAAUCUGACAUCAGAGGAGAUUCCGGUUAUAGUUAAGCGAAAUCUCGAUGUUUUCGAAAGGAUUGCAUCCAUCGCUGCUAAAGAGGGCGUCCAAAUGUUGGUAUACCCGGAGGACGCCAUUAUCAACACCCGAUACCCGCGCUCUGUAAUGGCCGCAAUCGCUGAGCGCAUACCAGACCCGCUCACAGGCACUCAUAUUCCGUGCGACAAUCCGUCGGAAUAUGAGGACAGAGUGAAGACAUACCGAUUGAGUUGUUUUGCCAAACAUAACAACUUGUAUAUUGUCGGCCAUUACGGCGAUCGCGUCGAUUGCGACCGAAGCACAGAUGUUAACUGUCCGGCCGAUGGAUACAAUCUGUAUAAUACGGACGUAGCGUUUGGUCCGGACGGCCAGGUGUUGGCCAAGUAUCACAAAAUGCAAUUAUUCCAUGAAUACCAUUAUAAUGUUCCGAAAGAUGAGUUCAUUCACUUUGACACACCCUUCGGAAGAAUGGGUUUAUUUGUAUGUUUCGAUAUUCUGUUCCGAAACCCGGGCACAGAUCUGGUCAACAAAUACGGCGUCCAAACAAUGAUCUACCCGUUGUGGUGGUUCGACGAAUUGCCCUUUAAAUCGGCAAAUCAGGUCCAACAGAGCUGGGCCUACACUUAUCGGGUUAACCUAUUGGCGUCGGACAUGCAUUCACCGCAAUCAGGCUCCAGUGGUAGCGGUAUAUAUUCGGGAGAGAACGGGGCGAUCAUUGACUCGAAUAUUAUGGACCAGAAGGCGGUUCUCUUGAUUGCAGACAUACCGAUCGAUAGUAAGAAUACGGGUGCGAAGUGUCUGACCAAUCGGUAUACCAAACGCAUCGAAAUGGAUGAUAUAGUGGACACAUCGGAGUACAGACCCUUAAAGUACACCGAUUGGAAGGGAAGCGCUUUUUACAAACUCAAAGGCCAAAGCAAUUCGGCCGAAGUUUGCAACAAUGGCUUUUGCUGUCAACUCGUGAUAUGCCGGUUAUUACUCUAA